UCUCUUGCGGUCCUACUCAACCGGCGCAUCCCCUCGUGGUCUCGUCUCGAAAGCAUCCUCAGUGUGCUUCAGGCGGCUUCCCUGGAGCACGUUCGUCAUAUUUGGGCGGACAGGAACGCCGACACUCAGAAGCCUCCCUUUGGACUGACCGCUGCUGAGGUUGGACACCUGGUGACUGCGCUCUAUAGAGAUUCGAGUGCACGCUCCAACUUCCUAAAGAAUCUGGCUGACUAA